AUGUCAAACAUUGAGUUUGAAACAGUUAGAAAGAUAGACAAUGACACCAAAGUGGUUAGAAUAGGUGAUUUAAACGUAAGAUACUCAAAGAAAUACAACAAAUAUUCUUUGUCAGACAUUAUAACACCAUCUGGAAAGAAAACAAACGACUGGGUUAGAAAUGCUUCAACUCAGAAAAUUUUGACAAGAAAUCCUGAGCUUAUGAUAUCAGUAGCAUUUCAUGGAACAAGAGCAUAUCUUAUAGACAAAAGUCUUAUACCAAUAGUUUUGUUAUGGUUAGACCCAGUUGUUGGAUAUAACUUCAUAACUUAUGGUUCAUUCGAUACUGAACGUUGCAGUGAAGGCUUACUUUACAUCGUUCAGAAACCGAAGGACUUCAAUACAAAGAGAUAUAAGAUAGGAAGAACAUAUAAUAUAACUCAAAGAUAUGACAGUACAGUCAAUAGAGUCAAGGUUGUGUUCGUUAAUGAUAUGAGAGCUGCAGAAACAGAACUACUUGAAAAGUUUGAAGUAGAUGAGAUAGAUAAAGCUAUAAAAUUAUUUGACGAAGUUGCUGAAAAAUACAUGUAA